GGGGUGGGAUGGCGGCGGCGGCGGCCGGAGCGGGCGACGGGGUUGGAGCCGACCUGCUGGGCGCCUGCCCCGGCGCGGACAGCGGGAACGUGUCCCAGAGCCACAGCAGCGCCUCCGGCCUCGGGGAGCCGGAGGACGAGGACGCCUCGGAGGCGUCGCUGAGCGCCACCGCCGCCGCCUACUCCGCGUACCUGCUCGCCGACCGCAGCCUCUUCAGCGAGCAGAUGGAAAGCUUAGACAAGAGUCUAGAGGACUUACUGACCAGAGUGGAUGAAUUCGUGGGAAUGCUGGACAUGAUUCGAAGUGAUUCCUCUCAAGUUGUCAAUGAAAGUAUACCUCAAAUUUACUCAAAAGCAAUAGAAAUGAGGCAGAUAUAUAGGAAGAUUGACAAACUAGAGGCUUUUGUGAAAAUGAUUGGAAAUAGCGUAGCUGGACUGGAAGAACGGGUCAUAAAGGCAGAAACAGACCUUGGAGCUUUUCCAAGCACAUUCAAGAAAAUCUUGCACACAAUCAGCAUACCAUCCUUCCUUAAUAAAUCGUCUUCCUCGCGACAACAACAGACGCUCUAUGAACCUCCAGUCCUCUUCAAGACUGAAGACUAUUUUCCAUGUCUUAAUGAAGCACCUUAUUGAUGAUUUUUGCUUUGGGAUUCAUAUGAAUCAGCCAGAAUAGAGACAGCCAAGUGAACAAAAGAAAUGCUAACCUCAAAACAGAGCAUUUCUGGGCACUAUUGAUGACAUAUUGCCAUUCUGGUUCUCAUUGUCUUCCUUCAGACAGUAUUUUCAGGUAAACUUUGUUUGUGUUCAUUAUUUCAAAAAUCUUCCUAAAACACCAUAUAAAUUUUCAGAUUAUUUUGGGGAGAGAAUUUAAGAAUACUUUGCCAUUAAUUUUUUUUUAUAGGAAAAUAAUAGGAAACAUACUUUUAUAUAUAAAUUCUUUAACACGUAAAUGUUUGUGCUGCUGCAAGUGUAAAUAGCUAUAACACAAGGAUGGUUGUUAUUUUGGGUUUUUUUCUUAAUGUAAUGAUGGAGGUGAAAGAAAAACUAUGCAUAAAACCAUCUACUCCAAGGUUUGAGGCCUGGUCCCUGCAGUUUGUACAGAGAAAUGUACCACAUUGGGGUAUACUAGUUGCAAGGGGAGGAAGGGGAAGCUCAUCAGGGACAUGACUGGAUCAUAGAAUCGUAGGAUCAGCUGGGUUGGAAAGGACCUCCGAGAUCAUUAAGUCCAACUCUUGAUCCACAUGACCUAGUCCCAGUUCACAAAGCAAACAUCCUGCUCCCACUGACGAUCCUCAGAUCACAGUGACCAAGCCUCUAAUUAGUGCAUCAUUAUAUUGUUCGAUGUGUAGCCAGGUGGACAUGAGAUAGAUACAUCUAUAUCUAUAGAUACAUAUAAAACAAACGUGCUGAAAACUUGGGGCAGGGAUGUGCCUGACCGAGCCUUAGUCAGGCACCUCACCAGACUGUUUUCUUUUCCCUCACAACUCUCCAUGUGGUUACUGGGACUUGCUGAUUGCAAUUUAUAUUGUCAAUAAACUAAUAGCUAUCUAAA